AUGGAGACAAACAAGCAAGCAAGAUUCAAGCCUGUUACGCACGUCAUUUUCGACCUCGAUGGUGUGGUUUUAGACGCAGACAAGGUGUACACAGCCGCCGUGGAAGAAGUGGCCGGACGGUACGGAAAGACGUACACGUGGGAGCUGAAGAAGAGAGUGAUGGGAAUGCCAGAUGCCGAUGCAGCCCGGAUCGUCAUUGACACACUGGGGCUACCGGUCAGUCAGGACUACUACUUGUACGAACUGGACCGCUUGUACAAAAAUUCACUACCCAACUCGAAGGUCAUGCCCGGCGCCGAGCAGCUGAUACGCCACCUCCAUGCGCACGGCGUUCCUAUCGCGGCCAACACCAGCUCCAUGCCACUUUCUUUCGGGCUCAAGAUGACGCACCACGGAGAUGUCUUGUCACUCUUCAACCAUGCGUUCAUAUCAGGUGGUGAUCCGGAGCUGAAACAUGGCAAGCCAAACCCCGACAUCUUCCUCAUCUCAGUGUCCAAAUUUCAUGACCAUCCAGCCCCCGAAAAGGUUCUGGUAUUUGAAGACACGCCCGCUGGUGUGACGGCUGCCCUGGACGCCGGAAUGCAAGUCGUGAUGGUGCCAGACCGUCGGAUGGACCAAGAAAACCGAAAUAGGGCAACCCUGUGCAUUGAUUCGCUCACGAACUUCAAACCAGAGCUAUUCGGACUGCCACCCUAUCCGGCAGCGGCUAAAAAAA